AUGUCUGACACGAAAAAGGAACGCGGAAGCAAUUUUGCAGACAGUGAGAUUCGUUUACUUGUGGAUCUUGUUGUGAAAUAUUCGAAGACAAUCGAAUGUGCUAAAUCGGACACUGUUACGUGGAAACAGAAAGCAAGUGCAUGGGAACUGUUAACGAAGGAGUUUAAUUGUAGUAGCGGGCGCGUCCCACGUAGUUUAAAAUCUAUAAAAACUAAAUAUGAAGGGUUAAAGAAGGACUUGCGGAAGAAAAAGGCCAUCCAACGCCAGGAGUUAUUCCGUACUGGUGGUGGUGAGCCUGUAAUAAUCACAUUUACUGAUUGGGAAGAAAAAUUACUUCUUAUCAUCGCUAUAACAUGUGAUGGUUUGAUAUCGACAUCUGAUAAUGAUAAAAUGGAACCUUUAGUUACUCAAACAACUGCAGAAGAAAUAGCCGAGGCUGAAGUGAUUUUCGAAGAAAUAAACACAGAUUGUGUUGAUACAGUCCAGAUAUCUCCAGAAUGUAACCCUGCACCUCUUUCUACCAAUGGCCCAUCAAGUAGUGGCAAUGAGAAUGAGGGUAUUACAUCGGAAGUAGGAAGUAGCGAGACUUAUGACUGGUCUCAAUGGAGUCCAGCUGCGUUAAAGCAACCUAGAAAUAAAAGAUUAAGCCUACCAGCGACAUCCAAACAAAAUAAAUCCCAUUCUAUAAAUCUAUUGGCGGAAGCCAAAAUAGAGCUGGCGAAGAUCCAACUGCAACUGGCAGAAACUGAAAAGUUGCAUAAAGAAGAGGAGCACGAAUUGCGCAAUGCAUGCCUGAAAAUGGAGUUGGAAACCAAAAUUAAAAAGCGGGAUGAGCUUUUAUCCAAAGACAAGAAUUCUGUGAAAUAUUUGUCACCAACGAUUCAGAACGAAAUUAUCGAACUCUUAGCCACAGAGGUGAAAACUAAAUUAAUUGGCCAGAUAAAUGAAUCUCCAUUUUUUUCAAUAAUAAUGGACACAACACAGAACAUCGCAAAAGUUGAUCAAGUGAGCUUUGUAAUAAGAUUUCUGCACCUCAUUAAAGACGCAGAUAAUGUAAAUAUUGUAAAUGAUGUGGUUGUAAAAGAAAUUUUUCUUGGAUUUGAAGAGUCUGGAGGACAAUCGGCAGAGGACAUGGUAAAUCAGUUAUUAUCUUUUUUUGAAAAAAAUAAUUUGAGCGUGGAAAAACUACGAGCUCAAGGUUACGAUGGUGCAGCCAACAUGAGCGGUAUUUACAACGGUCUGCAAGCGAAGAUUUUGGAGAAACAGCCCAAUGCGUUGUAUGUACAUAUACUGCACACAAUUUAA